UACCGCCCGUCAAUGCACUAUAAAUAAACCCGUUGUAUGUACUUCUUCUGAUAUUUAUAAAACCAGAGAUAACCGAACAUCAAAGUGAUCUGAUAACCGGAGAUAAAACCGAUUCAAUGGCGGACAUAGCGAUUUUGGUUGCGGAGGAGUACGAGAGGAGGAUGAGACUUCCGGCUGGUUCGAAAUCAGCGCCGGCGGAAUUCGAUUGGAAGAAAAUAAUCCCGGCGAAGAUGACUGUAGCUAUCAACAAGAUGAAGAUUGAGAGUUUGAAGAACACCUUUGAAGCUAAAUCUCAGUUCGCUCUCGCCAUCUCUCAUGGCUUCUUCUCUGCUUGAUUCUCAAGUUUUGUUUAUAGCUAAUUUCGUUUUCUUAAUCUUAUUUCUAUUUGCUUUGUGAAGUUUUUAUGUAAAUAACUUAAAUAUGUGAAUUAAUCAAAAUGUUACUUUUGGUUUAUUAGAAACUUUCUGUGUUGAGAAACUCCAGGCGUGAUUUUUGCAAUUCCACCCUUAAAUUUCUCGAUUCUCUUAAUUCAAGUAUCAUAGUUUCGUAGUUGCUCUUUAUCCAAAUCUUCGAGAGAAUGGGAAGCAGCGAUGAUACACCAGUGGUGCUCAUCACGGGAUGUUCUCAAGGAGGAAUCGGCCACGCGCUAGCGCGUGAGUUCUCGGCUAACGGUUGUCGAGUAGUGGCGACGAUUCGAUCGCAGAGCACGAUGAUCGAUUUGGUGAAAGAUCCCAAGUUUUUCGUGGAGGAGCUCAAUGUUCAAUCGGAGCAGAGCGUGAGUAAAGUUGUCUCCAAGGUUAUCGAAGAAUUUGGUCAGAUCGAUGUUUUGGUUAAUAACGCCGGAGUUCAGUGUAUCGGACCUCUCGCUGAGAUGCCAAUCUCAUCCAUGGAUAACACCUUCAACACCAAUGUCUUCGGUGAAUUUAAACAUAUCUUCAUUUUUGCUCACCAUGUGUUUGUUAAAAUUCCUGACUCAACUCUUUCAUGUCCGGUUUUGUGUUAUUCUAUUGAUUGACUUAACUCAGUGAUGAGUUAAUGAAAUUUGCAGGUUCUAUGAGGAUGACUCAAGCUGUAGUACCUCACAUGGCUUUUAAGAAAAAGGGAAAGAUUGUGAACAUAGGAAGUAUAAGCAUAAUGGCACCAGGACCAUGGGCUGGUGUUUAUACUGCAUCAAAAGCUGCUCUUCAUGCUCUUACCAAUACAUUAAGGUUGGAGCUUAAGCCAUUUGGGAUCGAUGUAAUCAACAUUGUUCCAGGAGGUAUUCAAUCAAACAUAGCUAACUCAGGGUUAUCGAGUUUCAAUAGUUUACCUGAACUGAAACUCUACAAACCGUUCGAGGAAGCUAUCCGUGAGAGAGUGUUUCUGUCGUAAAACAUAAAGCCAAUACCUACAGAGACAUUUGCGAAACAGACUGUUUCCGUUGUGCUCAAAAAAAAUCCGCCGGCUUGGUUCUCUACAGGUAGGUUGUCGACCGUCAUGGGGAUCAUGCACCAUAUGCCGAUUUCCAUCAAAGAUUUCCUGUUGACUAAGAGCUUUAUGAAGAAGGUUGCAAAACCUGAGUAGAGAGAGUAGUGUCCUUGGUUAUAAAAGAAACUGUUUGAAUGUA